AUGGCAAGUGGUGAUUCGGCCAUCGAGAUCAUGGAGCUGUCUCAGUCCCCUGAUCACAUUGUCGCUGAGAGUCAUGGAGACGGAGCUAUGGAAGAAGACGUCUUCCUGCCAACAACACCGGUUUCCAACUUUGCACGGUUGCCCGCCCGGGCUCAUUCCACCCCGCGACCCAAGGGCAGUGCGACGGACUCGGACCCGCCGCCGGAUUACCCUGCGACGCCUACCAACCAGGCAGCGGAGCGCCAUUACGAAAACUUUGAAGAAAACUUUGCCGCCAGAAAUGAGGGGAAUGAUCUGAAGCCGUGCGAUCUGUGCGGCGCGGGACGAAAACCGUUCUUCUUUUGCCUGGCGCUGUUCGCCAUGGCGGUGCUGGUUGGGUUUCUGGCCGGUUAUUUUGUACGGGAGAAGGUUUACGAGAGGGAGUCGGCGAUGGUUCGCGGGAUGACCCCGGCCGAAACGAGGGAGAUGUAUCAUCAGCAGGCAGUGAACAACGUCUCAGCAGUCGGGAUUGCUGAUUAUGCCAGCAAGUUCAGCAAACACGAGUGUGCGAGUGGCGUGCCGUGCAGUCAAAGCAUGUCCACAGUGGUUGUCCAACAGCUGCGGGAUUUAGGCUUCACCGACGUGCGUGUGUCAUCGUACGACGUCCUCACAUCGCACCCUGACAUGUCGCGCACGAGCACGUUAAAGACCAUGAACCCUGAGGGGGAUGUGUUACACACAGAGGUCCUGUAUGGGGAUGAGAUGGGCUCAGAUGACGGAAGUAAGCCGGCUAACGAUGCGAAGAGAAGAGCAGUUGGUUCGGGUCAAGAUGAGACAAGUUCUGCCAGUGGUGCGCCGACUGUCAUGUACAUGCCAUUCUCCGGCUCCGGUAAUGUUCAGGGAGAGCUGGUGUACGUGAAUCAGGCUAGUCAGGGAGACCUACUUGUGCUGACAGGAAGCAACAUCGGCCUGUCUGGUAAAAUAGCCAUCGCCCGUCAAGGGACCAUGAUGGUGAUGGAUCAGGUCAGGAAUGUGGAAGAAAGUGGCAUGAAAGGACUGAUUCUGUACACAGACCCAGCGGACAUGGAUGUCAUCAUGACGUCAGGAAUGGAACGCUUGGUUGGAAUGACCGGUAUGAUGGGUGAUCCAUUGACACCUGGUUGCCCAGCCAUGGAUGGCAUAAGUCGCAUGUCAAUGGACAAAGCCAAGCUACCGAGCAUUCCUGUGCAGCCAGUAUCGACGGAGCUAGCAAUGAGUCUCCUGGGGAACAUGACUGGACGAAUGGCGCCUCAGGACUGGCAAGGGGGGCUAGAUGUGACCUACACCAUGGGCCGCAGAAAUACGAAGAAAGCUACUUGGACUGUACAGCUGGAUGUAAAUAACAUGCAGCAACAGCAGGCAAUUCAUGACGUGGUAGCUACCAUCACUGGAACUCAAAUGCCAGAUGAAUACAUCAUCCUUGGUGGUCAUUUUGCAAGCAUGAUGUCCAGUAUGGCCGUAUCGACCGCCAUGACCUCAGACCAAGGGUCGUUGUCCAUGUUCAUGGAGACGGCCGCCGCGAUGGGUCAGAUGAUGUCAUCGGGCUGGCAGCCCCAGCGUAGCGUGGUGCUUGGCCUGUGGGGUGGUGCCGAGUACGGCCACGCCGGCUCCAUGGAAUGGGUCGAGGAGCAUCAGAGUGUAUUAAUGGAGAGAGCGGUGUCGUACAUUGAUCUGGAUACUAUGAUGAUGGAGGAGAGUAUGGUUGUAGCACAGACGUCACCGCUGCUCAAAGGGCUGGUCAUGAAAGCAGCUGAUAUGUUGGAACUGAGUGACAUACAGCCAGGCAUGCUGAGUGGUGUAGGGGACCAUGUUGCAUUCACUCAUAUGAUUGGUAUCCCAUCUGUGCGUCUACAUGCUACACAGGGUAUGCAAGCGGUUUCCCCCACCGGUUCCCCCACCAUGUCUGCGCACAUGUCUGCGACCCGGCUUGCCACCCAGAUGGUACUCCUGCUUGCUGAUAGCGAUAUGAUCCCGUUUGACACCGGUGCUAUGGGAGAGAUGUUAGUGGGGUAUAUGAACAGUCUGGAUUCCAAGAUGGGUGACAUGUUAUCCCUCAGCAAUAUGACGAUGGAUAAUCUAAAAGUGGCCGUUACAGACUUCAUGGAUGUUACUAUGGAGAUGCAAAGCAUGAUGGGAAGUCCUUCCAUGAUGGAGUCCUCUGUUACCAUGACGAUGGUGAACCACAGGCUAAUGUACAUGGAGAGAUCAUUUGUGGACAUGGACCCUAGUGGCUCUAUGAUGCACGUUCUGUACGGUAUGACAGAAAUGGACACCUUUCCUCUGGUAGCACAGUAUUCGCCAACCGGUAUGAAUAACGAAACCAUGACGGCCCUGAUGGAGCGUGUCUCCAUCAUUCAGUGCUCUGUCCAAUCGGCGACCUUGUCUCUCAAGAUGGACCUCACAUAGCCGACCAAUCAGAUGCAUUGCUUUGUAAUGUUUUAAGUCAAGUUGUGAAUAAUAUCAGUUUUAUGUGCCUUUUUCUGUAAUGUUGCCUUUCAGUUGUACAUAAUAAGUGCGAUAAACACAGCGGCAAAGAGCAAGUUCUGGAGUGAACUUUAGUUAACCAUAAUUUGACCAACUUCGCUCCAACCAAGGAUGGUUGGACUAUUUCAGUCGACUAUUUAGAACCGGGAUCUUGGGCUCAGUUGCAUCACUGGUUACCAAUAGCCGCGCGCAUCACAAAGCACAGCGGGGAACCAGGACCAAGAAGUUUUGUGCUGACGUUUUGACCAGCGUUUGACAAGAGGCGUUCGGACGUUGCCAAUGGUGCGCUGGCGUAAGUUACGUCACAAAUCAACCACUAUUCGACUAAUGGUCCUCGCCCGAACUUGCUCAAAAAUAUGUGCCUUUAAUAUAAUGAAAUAUCAAAAGUCUUGUUGCUUUUAACUGUACUUAUUACAUACAUGCAUUUGCAAUCGGAUAUUGCUGUAGAUGAUGUACUACGAACUUAGUUAGUGUGUGCUUUGCUGUAGUUCAGUCGAAAACGAUUAUUUAUUAAAUUGUUGGCCAGUCUCAUGUGUAACAACCAUUAGGUGUAGGCCUGCUACAUGUACAUGUGCACAUGUACAUGUGGUUGCAUUGAAUUCCUUGUUGCUGAAGGAAUGUGUUAUUAAGCUGGCAUACAUGUAGAGCUAAGUUAUAUUUCAAAAGUGCUUAUUUUUAUUCAAAACUCAAGGUGUGAUUUUGCCAAAUCAAUGCAUUGGUAGAGAGCCUUCAAAUAAUUUGCACAAAUUAACAUAAUACUGCACGGUUUUACUCCCCUUGUAUGAGCGUGUAAUACUGUGCGAUAUGUUGCUUUUUAUUUCACUUCUGGUUUCUG